AUGGCACAGCCUGCUCUGGACUGUUUAAGAAGUAUUUUCAGAAAUCUUCAGACCUUUCCGUUCAGCCCACAUCCAGCCUGUUCAAUUUUUAAUUUAUCUAUUUUUAUUUUUCCAGGCACAGUUCUGCAGGUGCAUUCUAUUGAUCUCUUCAGAUCCAGAAAAGGAGCAAAUCGUCUGGAGCAUCACACAGACCGUUUCCAUAGCGAUAACCUCAUCAUCCGUAGAGGACAAUGCUUUCAUAUGUGCAUCCAGCUGUCCCGACCUUUUAAUACCAAUACAGACCAAAUUUAUCUGGAGCUGAGACUUGGUGACGUCUCACCAGCACACAAGCACAGUUUUGUGACCGUUCCACUUGUGACAGAAUUCAAGAGAGAUUCCUGGGAGGCCAAGAUUGUCGAACAGACAGAAAACAGACUGAAACUGUCAGUUUAUUCCCUUCCAAACGCUUGUAUUGGACUGUACAAACUCACUGUUGUCACAAAUUGCCCGGGAGGAAAAUCCACUUCACCCUACACACCUGACAACGACAUUUACAUGCUGUUUAACCCCUGGUGUAAAGACGACUCAGUGUACCUGGAAGAUGAUGGACAGAGGAUGGAGUAUGUGUUGAAUGACAUGGGCAAAAUCUACUAUGGUACUAAAAGUCAGAUCGGUUCCAGAACCUGGAACUUUGGCCUUUUUGAUGCAGGGAUCGUGGAGGCAUGUUUCUUUGUGCUGGAGAGAAGUGCUGCACCCUGCUCAGGAUGGGGAGACCCCAUUAAUGUUGCCAGAGUCGUGUCUGCAAUGGUUAAUGCCAAUGAUGACCAUGGUGUUGUGGAGGGUAAAUGGGAGAAAAGCUAUGAUGGCGGUGUUUCUCCAACAGCCUGGAGUGGCAGCAGUGCUAUUCUGAAACAGUACCACGAAAGUAAAGGAGUACCUGUCAAAUAUGGACAGUGCUGGGUUUUCGCAGGGGUCACAAACUCACUGUUGCGAUGUUUUGGUAUUCCUACACGUCCCGUCUCAAACUUCAGCUCUGCUCAUGACACUGAUGCUUCCUUAACAACUGAUGUUUAUUUAGAUGAGACACUAAAAGAGAUUAAGCACCUUAACCGUGACUCAAUCUGGAACUUUCACGUGUGGAAUGAGGCCUGGAUGGCUCGGCCGGACCUUCCAGCUGGUUUUGGAGGUUGGCAGGUGGUUGACGCGACUCCUCAGGAGACCAGUCAGGGUUUCUAUCGCUGCGGCCCCACCUCUGUUGCCGCAGUCCGUAGCGGGGAGGUCUUCCACAAAUAUGACACCCCCUUCGUCUUUGCUGAGGUGAACAGUGAUCAGAUCUUCUGGCGGCGCAGAUCAGAUGGAAGUUUCUCAGAGUUUCGCGUGGACAAAAGCGCAGUGGGUCACUGCAUCAGCACCAAAGCUGUGGGCUCAGACGCACGUGUGGACAUAACACACCUUUAUAAAUACCCAGAAGGUACAAAAGAGGAGCGGCUUGCCGUGGAAACUGCCUGUCGCUAUGGUGCUAAGCGUUCUUCAUUAUCUUCAUCUUCUGGAUCUUCUUCAUCCUCUUCUGCUGGUGAUGUAGCUCUUGACAUCAGCAUGCAGGGGGAGGAGCCAUGUGUGGGCCAGGAUGCUGUGAUUUCUGUCAUUCUGAAGAAUAACUGCGGCUCACCUCGCACCAUCACCCUUUACACCCAAGUGUCUGUCAUGAACUACACAGGAGUCUGCAGGGACCUGUUGAAAAAGGACCAGAUAUGUGUUGAGCUCAAGGCUAAUGAGAUGCAGACUAUGGAAUGGUCCCUACGAUAUGAGAUUUAUAAGGACCAUCUGAUGGACCAGACAGCACUGAUGCUCUCUGUUUCUGGACACGUCACUGAAACCAAUCAGAUUUUGGCCAAACGAUUUAAUUUCAGACUCCGCACACCAGACCUCAUUAUCACUCCUUUAUGUGAUGCUUUUGUGGGCAAAUCAAUGACAGUCAAAGUUCAAUUCCAGAAUCCUCUGCGCUGUGUGCUGAAAAAUGUGAUUUUACGUUUUGAGGGACUAGGAAUGAAUGAAGUCAAAACAGUUAACUAUGGAAAUAUCGCAAGCCAAGACAAAGUGUGUCUGACAGAGAAGUUUGUUCCUCUACGGUGCGGCACACAGAAACUUCUAGCAACACUUGACUGUCCUCAGCUCACACAGGUGCAUGGAGUCGCAAACAUUGUGGUGAAAGGCCGUUAAGAAACCUUGAAUAAAACUGAUUGAAACACAAACUUCCAUAUUCUGAAAUGUUGACAACUACACUAGUUUUAUGGGACAUCUCUUUAGAUUACACUGUCAGAAAAAAUUGUCAAAAUAUGUGCCCCAGCAGUCAAUGGGGUGGUACCCUGUCAAAAAGUACAGCUUUGGACCUAAAGAGUUGAUAUUAGUACUUCAGAGGUAUUUGGUAACACAUGUAUGCAUAUCUGUACCUAAUGGUACAUAUUAGGACCUUUAUAUUUUUUUCUAACAUUGUAGAUCUCAUAAGCAUUUUAUUAUUAUUGCUUAGUACUUAAGGGAGAUUUGGGGUUAUUUCUGUUUACUACCAAAUAUUAAACAUUUUGAGCAAUCACUUUGCAAUAUACUUACAUUGACGUUUCUGGUUGAAUUUUUUAUUUCUGAUAACUAUUCUU